AUGGCAGGCCCUGGCGUCCCAGUCUCCUCGUUGAUUCGGCGGCAGCAUGGUGGUGCCCUUUUCCUCCGGUACCUCUCUCGCUUGCAUCCCGCAGCCCCUCUUCCUUUUGGGCUCCAUCUACCGCGCCACCUCUCCACGGACCAGUUUCGCAGGGGGCCCGGCAUAGUAUCCCUAUUGCCGCCCUACGACGGCGAACUCUGCGGCGCAGGGGGAUUCGGUGUGGAGCUCGUCGAUGACGAUACUUGGAAGGUGACCUCCGCGCUGGCUCAUUCAUCGAGGCCACCGAAAACGGGGGGAUGGCAGCCGAAGAACGAAGAGUGUAAGAUGAAUGACGAUUGCCGUGGAGUGUGUGACGAGGGUGAGGGGAAUUCAUUUGAUUUUGACGAGAUAGAGGAGCUGCGUCUGCGGAAGAAGCUUUUCUACAAGCUGGACAUGGGAUCCAUGGAGAUCGAGGAGUGCAGUAUUAGCCUCUUCCGCCGGCAGAAGAGCAAGUCGAAGAAGAAGAAACUCCCCGAGGAUCUGGCCCCAUCUAGGGAGAAACAAGUCUCCAGGAAGAGGGAACUUUCCAAGCCCUCGCAGUUAAUGGAUUCUCGAUGCGAAGCAACCGGGAUCUCACCAUUGAUACCAGCUGAGGGGAAGAAGAAACGGGAGAGGAUCCCGACCUUCAGUCAGCUGACUGACCCUUACCACCUGCCAUUCUGCCUGGAUCUCUUCAUAUCCAAAGGCUCAGUCCGCGCCUGUAUCAUCCACAGGGCCACCAGCAAGGUGGUGUCUGUGGCGCAUUCCAUCUCCAAGGACAUGAAGUUCGAUCUGACAUCGAGGAGGGAUGCUGCGGCCUGUGCCGCCGUGGGUACAGCACUGGCCCAACGUGCCCUGUCUGAUGACAUUCACAAUGUGGUGUACUCACCGAGGAAGGGGGAGAAAAUCGAAGGGAAGCUCCAGAUUUUGCUGCAGUCGAUUAUGGACUGCGGGAUUGACGUCAAAGUCAAGAUCAAGCGGAGGAAGCCAUUGAAAGGAUGUGAUUUCUCUUUUCCGCUCUCAACCAGAUACUAA